GCGACGUCGUUUUAGCUAGCUUGCGUUGAUCUCUUGCCGGGAAACGUAGCAGAGCUUCAGCCCCGCGCUCACCUUCACUUCAUUUCCAGCUAUGGCGCUCAAAUUGCCCUUCCCCUUCCCCGUCUUCGCUCCCCAAUUCAACCCUAAUCCAGCUCCGUCUCACCGUUCCUCUCCUACCGAAAUUCGAUUUUCCCGCUGGAACAAUGCCAACGCCGAGAGAUUCGAGCAGCGCCGACGGUCUCAGCAGGAAAUCGAGGAUCAAAUCCGCCGUGAACGCCGCUUCGAUUCCGCCACAAGAAUCGCCAACCUACACGAUUCCGACUCGUCCACCUCCGCAAUAGGCGGGACUGAAACGUUCAGGUCAGUCGGCACUCCCUCGUCUCCAUCGAGUCCUUCAAUUCCUGGUCGGAAAUCCAAGUACUCCAAAAACCCUAAUUCCAGUUCAUCCCCUCCGUUUCGUCAAGUUUCCAAGACCAAAAAGACCUUGAACACCCCCAAAGACAGACCUAUAGGCGUAGAAGCCAAUGUUAGCGUAAGUGAAGAUGGAGUUUCCUACGUAAUCGAUGGAGCUCCAUUCGAGUUCAAGUAUAGCUACACAGAAACGCCGAAGUUGAAGCCAAUAAAGCUGCGUGAGCCGCCGUAUGCGCCAUUUGGUCCGACGACGAUGCCACGACCGUGGACGGGGCGUGCUCCGUUGCCGCCGAGCAAGAAGAAAUUGCCGGAAUUCGACUCGUUUCAGCUGCCGCCGAAAAAUAAGAAGGGAGUUAAGACAGUGCAGGCGCCUGGACCAUUCUUAUCAGGAUCGGGGCCGAAGUAUGUGAUGUCGCGGGAAGAAAUAUUGGGCGAACCGCUGACAGAGGAGGAGAUCAAGAUGCUGGUCCGUGGGUGCAUCAAAACCAACAGGCAAUUGAAUAUUGGUAGAGAUGGAUUAACGCACAAUAUGUUGGAUAACAUACAUGCUCAUUGGAAACGGCGUAGAGUGUGCAAGAUAAAAUGCAAAGGAGUGUGUACAGUUGAUAUGGACAAUGUCAAACAGCAAUUGGAGGAAAGAACUGGAGGGAAAAUCAUCUAUAGUAGAGGUGGGACGUUGUACCUUUAUCGAGGUAGAAAUUACAACUACAAGACCCGUCCUCGCUUCCCUCUCAUGCUAUGGAAACCUGCUGCACCUGUGUAUCCCAGGCUAAUUAAGCAGGCCCCUGAUGGCCUAACACUGGAGGAAGCAACCGAAAUGCGUAAGAAGGGACGGAAACUAAUACCGAUAUGCAAGCUAGGGAAAAAUGGUGUGUACUCUAACCUUGUAAAACACGUCAAAGAGGCGUUCGAGGAGUGCGAACUUGUCAGGAUUAAUUGUCAAGAGAUGAACGGGAGCGACUUCAGAAAAAUUGGUGCUAAAUUAAAGGAUCUUGUCCCUUGUGUUCUUAUUUCUUUCGAAAGUGAGCACAUUCUUAUGUGGAGAGGACGAGAUUGGAAAUCGUCCCUUCCGUCAAUAGGAAGUAAUCUGGAGGGAGCGGAGGCACCUAGAGUUGCCCUGUCCGUUGAAGAACAAGAAGCGUCGGUUAAGGAUGAUGGUCUGAGCCACCUUGAUUCAACAUCUUGUGGUUCUGCAUUCCUCCCAACAGGAGGAAAUGAGGAGCUAGAUCCUAUGCAUGCUAAGAAAUUGGUUACUUCUGAUGUUGAUUCAUUUACAACGAUGAUCAGCAAAAAUGAUUCGAUGUCGAUAGCCAAAGACUCUGCAGAGGACAAUGUGGAAGCUACAGAGGAGGAUGAUCAAAGACUAUCCACAACUAACACAUGCGGUGAAGAUUUUGAAUCUUGGUGCACAACGUCUGGAGGUGAGAGUGAGACUGAAUUAGGAUACUCGGAUUUCGACGAAGCAGAACCGAUGGAACAAUCAAGAAACGAUGCCAUAUCUGUUGCUGGGAACUCUGAAACUAUGGUGUAUGCUUCAGAAGCCUCACAAACUCUCAAUAAGGAACCAAGUAACGUCACGGAUGGAGUUCUUCGAUUACUGAAGCAAGCAAUAGAAACUGGCAGUGCCAUUGUUUUAGACGAUCGUUCGUUGGAUGCCGAUAUCGUUUAUCAUCAGACAAUUGCUUUUUCUCAGUCUGCUCCUCCGGCACCCGUGUUUAGGCACCAACCAAGGAAGAAGGUAGCAGUCGAUGAGAGGGAGGAGGAGCAAACAAGCAAGGAAUUGGUAGUCAAAGAAGAGGCUGCAGUUUCAGUGGAGGGACGAAACGAGAAGAAAAAUGAUUCUAAAACAAAAAGGAAGAAAAAUUUUGGUGAAUAUAAUUUCAGCUCACCACAAGGAAGCUUAGGAGUGGAUGAACUUGCGAAAUUGUUGGCAUGAAAUGUACAGAACGGAUGAUUUUCGAACAGAAAAUGGAUCUCUUCAAUCGGAACUUGCUUCGUCUCCGGCAACAGAAAGUAGAUGAAGCAACUCAUG